AUGGCCAGCUUCAGCUACGCUGAGCGUGCGCCCGCUUCCUACGUGUCUGACAGUCCUGCGAUGCCCGCCCUGAUUGAACCAGGCUCCGCUGACGACACCGCUUAUGGGUUCCUGAGCCAGCAGAUCGCCAGCGGUGAAGCUGAUGAUGCAGCGGACGUGCUGGAGAAUACGGUGAACCAGAUCGAAGCUAUCCAUCAUCGCUACCAUGAAGAUCUGAUCGUUCCGUUAACUUUGCUGGGCGACGCCAGAAUGGCCCAACAGGAUUUUGAUGCUGCCUUGGACCUUUACACACGUGCCCGCCAUGUGGCACGCGUCAGCCAUGGUUUGUUUGAUACCCGCCAGCUGGCUGUGGUGUAUCGAGAAGCAGACGUUCUGAUCGCAGCCGGCGAUCUUCAGUCCGCAGCGAAGCGUGAAGAGUAUGCCUAUGAGGUAAUGCGCAAGGCUUAUCCGAAUUAUGACCCAGCGACCCUGCCAGGGCUGAUGCGGUUAGGCGAUUUCUAUUUAAAUACGUUUAAUUAUCUGUCUGCGCGGGCCAUUUACAACGCAGCGAUGAACGUGCACAGCAGCAACCAGACUGAUUUCUCACUCGAAGCGAUACCCGCACUUCGUGGUAUUGCAAUUUCUCAUCGCCUGGAACGGUUUCCGCCAAUUUAUAUCGCCAAUCCGGAUCAAAGUAGUUUAGACGGCCCUACCCCGGGACUACGAUCACCAGAAUUUGAUCGGCAACAAAUGGUUUUCAAUAAUUUCCCUGCAGGCGAAAAAGCCCUGCAACAGAUCAUUGAGAUACACCGGCGCCAGGAACCCGAAAAUCGAGCGGAGACCCUCAAAGCCAUUAUUGAGCUCGCCGACUGGCACCUCAUCUUUGGCCGCAGCAAUAUGGCAAACACACUCUAUUCGGAUGUGUACAGACAGAUGCUGGAUUCCGGCGCUGAUGCGGCCUCUUUUUUUGCGCAACCAACGCUCAUCUAUCUGCCAAUGCCCGAAAACCCCCGUCCCCCUCCAGCGGAUAUGCGUGCAGAACCAGCGGACGGCCUGGUUACCCUGUCCUUUGAUGUGGCACCAACCGGACGGAUACGCAAACUGGUGACCGUCGACAGCCAGCCCGAAAAGCUGAUGGACUUCCGGGUCCGGCGCAGUAUGAGACUUGCUGUUUUCAGACCGCAGCUGAUAGAUGGUCUGCCGGUGGUGGCAGAGGCGCAGACUUAUACCCACGAAUUCCGGUAUUUUCCGAAACUGGAUCCUACCGCGGCUGUGAUUAAUCCCGCCUCACCAACGCCAACAGAAGAAUCAUGCGGUCAGCAAGGCGAGCAAUCGGGCAGUGAACCCAGCGGUGAACAGGGCGGCCAACAAGGCGGUCAGCCGUCUUCUGACAGUUCCGGCGGGUUACCUGGCGGCGAAAUGCCCGGAGGACAACCCGGCGGCAUGCCCGGCAGUACAGAUCCCAACAGUUCCCCCGAUGGUCAAACUUCGGUACCCACCUGGGACGUUGAACAGGGCGGCGCCCAGGGCGAAGAAGGCUCCGAAUCAGGGGGAAGUCCAGGCUCGCCUGGCGGACAAGGCACUGGCGAGGAUGGAUGGGAAACAUCUAACGAGAUACCCGGCACGCCAGGCAGCGCAGACGGUGAAAGUGGCGAGGCCGGCAGUGGUCAGGCUGGCGCACCUGGCGAAGAAAACGGCGGAACACCCAGUGGCGAUGAUGAAUUAGACGGAGCGCUGAAAGACUUCGAUGGUGAGAUUCUCGCUGAGCGUGAAAUUAUUUCCAGCAGUCAGCCGGGAGAUGCGCAAGGUGGUGGUGGCGCAUCGACCCUGCCUUCCGGUUCUGAAAGCCAGGGACAGGGCAGUGGUGGCGACGUUGCCAGCACCAGCGGCCCACUGCCACCGCGACGCCAGAUUCCCUCGGCACCACCCCCGCCACCCCGCAGCGGCGAAUCCGGGCCUGAAAAUUUGCCCGACGCCAGGGACGACGACAUCAUUGCAAGGCAGUUGCGUGAAGCCGCCAUGCAGGAAACUGAUCCAGAACUUAAAGAGUCAGUAAACGUUUUGGCGCACCCGCUACUGACGUUGGCGCUGCCUGCCCUGCUACUGCUGGGCGGCUGCGUUAACCAUACAACGCGUAUUGUUGACAUGACGCCUCCUGAACAAUCAGAACGCUAUCUCGACGAAAAUGAAUUGUUGGACGUUGGUAUCAGCAUCUUCGACGCGAACGUGCCUGAAGACUAUGACGAACGGAUCGAAGAGAUCAUCCUGCCGGAAGUGCGCCGCGCAGAAUCACAAUACGUACCCUUUUUCGCCAAAAACCUGCUGCAAUCGACGGGCAACUGGGGCGCCGUAAGGGUUGUCCCACGACCAACCCACGCGGUUGACAUUAUGGUGACCGGCACCAUUGUGCAUUCCAAUGGUGAAAGCAUGAUCAUCGAAGCCACGGUAUCCGAUGCCACCGGCGAGCAGUGGUUCAGCCGCGAAUACUCUGCGCUGGCCAGCAAAUACGCUUAUGAAGAAGGCAUGCCGGAAAGCAUUGAUGCAUUCCAGGCGGUGUAUAAAAAUCUGGCGGAUGACAUGUUGGCCUAUCGUCAGGGUUUGAGCCCGGCCGACAUUGAGCGCAUCCGUAAAACCGCCGAGCUGAAAUUUGCACGGGAGUUUUCCCAGGAGGCCUUCGCGGACCAUGUUGUUAAGAAUGAGGACGGACAGUUCGAGAUCGUCCGCUUGCCGGCAGAAAACGACCCCAUGCUGGAGCGGGUCCGACGCGUACGGGAACGCGAGUAUCUGUUUAUCGACACCCUGGACGAAUACUACUCCAACUUUCAUCGACAGAUGUACCCUGCCUACCAGGACUGGCGCCGCGCCAGUUACGAUCAGGCAAUUGCCUACCAGGAACUGAGAGCCCAGGCUCGAUCAAGGAUGAUUGGUGGCACCAUGGCGAUCAUCGGCGGUGUUGCUGCGAUGUAUGAAAGCAGUGACGCCUACGUCGACGCCAGCGGCAUCGUCGGAGUCGUCGCCGGCGCAACGUUGAUCACCAGUGCGGUACAGAAGCGACACGAAGCAGAGCAACAGGCUGACCGAUUGAGGGAAUUGGGCAGCGCUGCUGAAGCUGAGUUGGUCCCCACCACUAUUGAACUGGAGAACCAGACGCUACGGUUGCAGGGUAACGUUGACCAGCAAUAUACAGAGCUGCGCCGUAUUCUGAAGCGCGUCUACUUUGAAGACCUUGGCCUUGCGCCGCUGUCGCAUCUGCAGGAAAAGCAGGACAAACAUGCCCUGCAGGAUGUCCUCGGCUUAUUGGACUGGCGGGGUUACACCACCGCCGCCGUCGUCCUUGUGGUGCUGAUCGGGGCUUUCUACUGGUUGCCGCAGCGGAUUGUCGAACCCAAUAAUACCCAGGCAGCUACAGCCAGCAGUGUCAGCGACAAUGCACCCGUGCCGACAACAGACAACAACGCUUUAGCGCCAUUUGCUGACGCGCAACAGGCCCGCGCCAGAGAAAAGGUUCAGCAGGCGUUGGCUGAAUUUGUUGAACGUCAAAUUCUACUGGAGGACACCAUGCAGGUGGAUCAGUGGGGGGCGGAUGCACUGGAUGCGGCCAUGAUGCAGGCUAAAGAAGGUGAUGGAUAUUUUGUUGACGAAGCGUACGACAGCGCGCUGGCCGCCUAUCAACAGGCUGUUAUCAGCAUUGACGCGGUCAUUUCUCAGGGCAACCAGUUGCAUCGAGAAUUUCUACACAACGGUGAUGCUGCCCUGCUCGCGCUGGAUCCAACUGCUGCAGAGGACGCUUUCAAUCAGGCAUUGACCAUUAAACCCGACGAUGCUGACGCAAAAACCGGACUGGCUCGAGCGCAGGGCUUGCCCGCCAUUAUCAGCAUGCUUCGCAGCGCAAAGAAUCAUGAGUUGGGCGGCCGCUAUGAUGAAGCCCUGGCAAUCUACAACGACAUCGGACGACUUGAUCCGCUCACCCCGAAUCUGCCUGAGCUUCGCGCAGCAGCCAAUGCCGCCAAGACCGGCGAUGAUGUUGCCUCACACAUCAGUCGCGGAUUCUCCGCAUUACAAAGGCAGCAAUUUGAACAGGCGCGCAGCGCCUUCAACGCCGCACUGAGCCUGGACAGCGACAAUGCGGUUGCCAGAGGUGGGUUACAACAGGUUGCUGAACAGUACGACCUUGCGGUGAUCAGCAAGCAUCAGAAGAAAGCUGAACUGGCAAUGGCGCAGGAGCAGUGGCUUGAAGCCGUGGAUGCUUAUCAAUCAGUACUAAAACUGGACAAAAACAUCCAGUUUGCGAAGCAGGGACUGGCCCAGGCUAAAGCACACGAAAAGGCUCAGCGUCUGAUGACCCGGAUCGUCAACGAACCUACAAAACUGUCAAACGAGAAGCUGUAUCUCGACGCACAGACUAUCGCUCAACAGGCACAACAACUUGAGUACGCCGGAGACGAACUGCAACGCCUGCAGCAGGAAGUCAACAAGCUGUUGUCUCUCUACGCAGACCCGGUCGACGUUAUAUUGCUGUCGGAUAAUGCAACCAACAUUGUCAUGUCUAAUGUUGGAGAGCUGGGCUUGUUUGAACGCCGAACAAUCAGCUUGCGGCCAGGCGCUUACACCAUACGAGGCAGUCAGAAUGGUUGUCGGGACAUAUUCCUGACCGUAGAAGUCCUGCCCGGCAUAGAGCCUUUGGACGUACGUGGCGUCUAUCUUCUGCGCGAGGGUAAGUACGAGAUUUCAGCACAAACACCACUUUAUGAACCUCUGCAGGAGGCCAUCCGUGUAGGAUCUGAACGCAAUCAGCGUAUCGCACUUGAAUUUGUACCCCUGCCCGGCUUUCUCACGCUACAACUGAGCCCAGCGGAUGCCAGCAUAGAAAUUAAUGGUCAGCCUGAACAGGUGACACCACGCCUCGAACUGGCCGCGGGGCAACACGAAAUAACUGUCAGCCACCCCCGCUAUAUCUCCAACACCUUGACCGUGGUCAUGCAGGGCAAACAAAUCGAGCAGAGCGAGCGCAUUGAGCUUGCGCCAAACUGGGCAGACGUCGCUGUCACAAGUCAACCUGCCGGCGCCAGCAUCUGGAUCGACAAUCAACCUACAGGUCUGCAAACCCCAGCUACUAUCGAAGCGCUGGCGGGCGAGCGAGAGGUCAGUAUUCGCCUGGAAGGCUACAAAACUCAUCGAGAGCGCAUCUUUGCCCAGGCUGGUCUUGCACUUUCACUUGCCCCGGUCGAUCUUGAGCAGGCGGACGCCGCCGUCACAGUGACGUCACGACCGCAAGGCGCAGGUGUCACCGUGAACGGCCGCUUUAUGGGGCAAACUCCGCUGGAGCUCGACUUGAAGUCUGCGCAGCGACAUAACCUGCAGAUCAUUCUCAAUGGUUAUGCCACCUUUAACCGGAGUUUGCAGCUUAAGCGUGGGGACAUUCGCUCGGUGCAUGCCGAUCUGGUACGCCAGACUGGCGAAAUUGUAGUUCGCUCACAACCCGCUGGCGCACUUUUAACCAUCAACGGCAAACCUGCGGGCGCGGCAGACCAGGUUCUGACCCUACCGGUUGAACCCCACGAUAUAUCUAUAUCGUUGGAUGGCUAUGCCGGCUACAGCACAGAAAUUACGCCAAAAGCCGGCCUCGUCCAGGAAGUGAGGGUGCGACUCCUGACACUGGCUGAGGCGCGCCUGGCGGCGUUAACGCCAUCAAUAACCACGGCUGCCGGCCAGAACCUGAAGCUCUUUGAGCCGUUUGAGUUCCGUAUGGGUGCCUCCCGUCGGGAACCCGGCAGGCGCGCCAAUGAAACCCUGCGUGACGUCAAGAUGACACGCCUGUUCUAUCUUGCUACCCAGGAAGUCACCAACGCGCAAUUUCGACAGUUCGCCAGCGGCCAUGACUCUGGACUUUUCGAAGAGGUCAGCCUUAACGAAGACGACAUGCCCGUUGCCUCUGUCAGCUGGAACGAUGCCGCCGCUUACUGUAACUGGUUAUCAGACAAAGACGGAUUGCCGCAGUUUUACAACAUGGAAUUUGGCAAAGUAACCGGCGUCAAUCUGCGCAGUACCGGUUAUCGCAUGCCAACAGAAGCUGAGUGGUCCUGGGCUGCACGAACCCAGCCUCGUACGAAGCAGGAUCCUACCGACGUUUUACGCUUCCCCUGGGGCGACAAUCUGCCGCCGCCAGACCGACACGGUAACUACGCUGAUCGCGCGGCCUCCGCCCUGGUCGGUCGCGUUAUUUUCGGUUACAACGACAACCACACAGCAGCCAGCCCGGUAGGCACCUUCAAAUCAAAUAUCUACGGUCUCUACGAUAUGGGCGGCAACGUGGCUGAAUGGACCAACGAUUUCUAUGAGAUAGCCAGCGCUGACCCGGUCACUGAUCCAGCCGGCCCCGCCAGCGGUGAGUAUCGAGUCAUCAAAGGCGCCAGCUGGAUGCACGGCACCAUCACAGAGCUACGUUAUUCAUUUCGUGACUAUGGUAUUGGCGGCCGCCAGGCCAGUUUCGCACAGGAACAAUCUGAAGCUGACGCCAACGACACUCGGGCACAGACAGAGACCGAAGAAGCAGACACAAAAAACGUCAGCGCGCUGAUCAUCGCCGUGAUUAUUGUGCAUCUUGUUUACGUCACCAUUAUCCGGCCUAACGCAGAUGUUUCAGAAGCAGUGAAGUCCGUUUGCGAAGCAGAAUCUGACCGACUCGACAGCGAACUGUCGAUGGUGCGCUAUAUCGCCUGGGCGAUUCCUUCCAUCGGCUUCAUUGGCACCGUUCGCGGUAUCGGUGAAGCGCUGGGACAGGCCUAUCGCGCAGUCGAAGGCGACAUCGCCGGCGUCACUACCAGUCUGGGGGUGGCGUUCAACUCAACCUUCAUAGCUCUGGUGAUCAGCAUUGUACUGAUGUUCCUGGUGCACCAGUUACAGCUCAUCCAGGAGCGCCUGGUCCUCGACACCCAUACGUACUGUGAUCAGCGCCUGUUGCGCCAUCUGCAGCCACAUCAAGCCGCCCGCACCUUUACCGGCGCGGCCGCCCAGACGCCCAACGGGCUGAUAUUCGACGACGACGCACUGGCGCGAUCGCGAUCGCAUCCGCAGCAGUUCAACAACCGCUACCUCUCUACCAUCGCUGCAGAUCCUGUGGCCGGUGAUCUGGGGUUGGCGAAAAAUCAUGCGGAUCUGAUUUAUCGACAUCUACUACAGCUUGAUCUACCGGCAAGCGAGCCGCUUGUACUGGCUGUAUCAGGGCAGAUCAGCAACGCUCAACUGGGUCUGUUACUCGGCAUAUGCGCUGAAGCGCAACUGACGGUCAAAGGCUUUAUCGACCUUGCUCUGGGCCAGUCUCUGAGUAUCCCUGCAGACACCGGCUACCAUGUCCUGGAUGUUGAACAGCACCGGAUAAGCCUGGCAGAAAUCCAGAUCCGCGACGGCAUCCGCGUGCAAACCCGCACCACAGCCAUAGAUGGCGUUGGCACAGCCAGCAUCAUAGAAGGCUGGAUGAACGUCAUAGCUGAUGAAUUUGUACAGAAAACACGUUUCGAUCCACUGCAUUCCGGACAGACAGAGCAGCAUCUUUUUGACCAGGUGUAUCCCUGGCUCACCGAGAGUCAGAUGCAGGAUCACGUCGUUAGCAUCAGUAACGGAGAAUCCAGUCGGGAGGUUGAAAUAACAGCCGCCAGACUCCUGGAAAAACUCACUCAGCGGCUUGCCGGUGUUGAGUUGGGCCAAGUUGACCAUCUGGUGCUGACGCCAAGGGCUGCAUCAAUACCCGCGCUCAAAUCACAGCUGGAGCAGCGCGUACAGCAGUGCAGUGUCGUGUUGGAAAGCGACAUUCUGGGUAACUACGAACAACUCGCAGCAUCGCUAUCCGAUGCUCAGGUGAAAAGAAUCAGCCAGGCAGCCAAUAUUGGCACUCGCCGCUCAAACGAAUCUGCCGCUGACGCCUUCCAGGAAAACCCUCACACCCAAGCGUUGGCACCCAACACCCUGGCCACCCACUGGCUGCUGCAACAUACGGCUUAUCCAUUGGAUCAUCCAACCCUGACCGCGGCAGGCGUACACAACGGUUCCGAAGUUGCUGCCGGGACCCAGGUCACUGUUGCCGGCCAGACGUACACUGCGAUUCGAGUUACCUAA